UUUUGCCUACAGUAGUUUACACUAGUUUCUCUUCUGCUUUCAAGGCUCCAGACCCAGUUCCUGGACCUGCCCUGGAAAAGAAGUAUCCAGUAGAGAUGAGCUCACUGCAGUUACUUAAUUAAAAAUUUGUAAGCUGCAAAAAUGGCAAAGGGCCAGCCAAGAUCAGCUACAAUUUGAAUUUUUCUAUUUCCAGAAAAUGCUUGGACAGAAGAGAUGAGUACUAAUUCCACUAAGGUCUAGAAUUGCCUACUGUACAAAUAGUCCUGAUCAGGCAAUAUACGAAUGGCCCAAGGAAGCCACCAAAUUGAUUUUCAGGUUUUACGUGACCUGCGACAAAAAUUCCCUGAAGUACCUGAAGUUGUUGUAUCCAGGUGCAUGUUACAGAAUAAUAAUAACCUGGAUGCCUGCUGUGCUGUUCUCUCUCAGGAGAGUACAAGGUAUCUUUAUGGUGAAGGAGACUUGAAUUUUUCGGAUGAUUCUGGAAUUUCUGGUCUACGCAAUCACAUGACUUCUCUCAACUUGGACUUGCAAUCAGAGAAUGUUUACCACCAUGGAAGAGAAGGAAAUAGAAUGAAUGGAAGUAGGACUCUAACGCACAGCAUUAGUGAUGGACAACUUCAAGGGGGUCAGUCCAAUAAUGAACUAUUUCAGCAGGAGCCACAAACAGCACCAGCUCAAGUUCCUCAAGGCUUUAAUGUUUUUGGAAUCUCCAGUACAUCUGGUUCUUCAAAUUCAGUACCACAUCUUGGAUUUCACUUAGGCAGCAAAGGAACAUCUAACCUUUCUCAACAAACUCCCAGAUUUAAUCCCAUUAUGGUAACCUUAGCCCCAAAUAUCCAGACUGGUCGUAAUACUCCUACAUCUUUGCACAUACAUGGUGUACCUCCACCUGUACUUAACAGUCCACAGGGAAAUUCUAUCUACAUUAGGCCUUACAUUACAACUCCUAGUGGUACAACUCGACAGACACAGCAGCAUUCUGGCUGGGUGUCUCAGUUUAAUCCCAUGAAUCCUCAACAAGUUUAUCAGCCUUCACAGCCUGGUCCCUGGACUACUUAUCCUGCAUCUAAUCCUCUGCCACAUACCUCAACCCAACAGCCAAGUCAGCAAGGCCACCAGACCUCUCAUGUCUACGUGCCCAUCAGUUCACCUACUACUCCACAACCACCAACAAUUCAUUCAUCUGGUAGCUCGCAAUCUUCUACCCAUAGCCAGUAUAACAUUCAGGAUAUUUCAACAGGACCUCGAAAAAACCAGAUUGAAAUCAAAUUUGAACCCCCACAAAGAAACAGUUCUUCAAAAUUGCGUUCUUCUGGACCUCGAACAUCUAGCACUUCCUCUUCAGUCAACAGCCAGACCUUAAAUAGAAAUCAGCCCACUGUUUACAUAGCUGCCAGUCCCCCGAAUACUGAUGAGACGAUCUCCCGUAGUCAACCUAAGGUUUAUAUUUCAGCUAAUGCCACGACAGGAGAUGAACCGGGCAUGCGCAGUCAGCCCACAGUCUUCAUAUCCACAAACUCUGGGGCAUCUGCUGCCUCCAGGAAUAUGUCUGGGCAAGUGAGCAUGGGUCCUACCUUUAUUCAUCACCACCCUCCCAAAAGUCGAGCAAUAGGCAGUAACUCUGCAACUUCUCCUCGAGUGGUGGUCACUCAACCCAAUACAAAAUAUACUUUCAAAAUUACAGUUUCUCCCAAUAAACCCCCUGCUGUUUCACCAGGGGUUGUUUCCCCUACCUUUGAACUUACAAAUCUUCUGAGUCAUCCUGAUCAUUAUGUAGAAACAGAAAAUAUUCAGCACCUCACGGACCCUACGUUAGCACAUGUGGAUAGAAUAAGUGAAGCACGGAAAUUGAGCAUGGGAUCUGAUGAUGCUGCCUACACACAAGCUCUAUUGGUACACCAGAAGGCCAGAAUGGAACGACUUCAAAGAGAACUUGAGAUUCAAAAGAAAAAGCUGGAUAAACUAAAAUCUGAGGUCAAUGAAAUGGAAAAUAAUCUAACUCGAAGGCGCCUGAAAAGAUCAAAUUCCAUAUCCCAAAUACCUUCACUUGAAGAAAUGCAGCAGUUAAGAAGUUGUAAUAGACAACUCCAGAUUGACAUUGACUGCUUAACCAAAGAAAUUGAUCUUUUUCAAGCCCGAGGACCACAUUUUAAUCCCAGCGCUAUUCAUAACUUUUAUGACAAUAUUGGAUUUGUAGGUCCUGUGCCACCAAAACCCAAAGAUCAGAGGUCCACCAUCAAAACACCAAAGAUUCAAGACACAGAAGAUGAUGAGGGGGCUCAGUGGAAUUGCACUGCUUGUACUUUUUUGAACCAUCCAGCCUUAAUCCGCUGUGAACAGUGUGAGAUGCCACGGCAUUUCUGAGCCAGAAAGCCCUAUGUCUUCUCUAAAACCACAUCUAAAGUUCAAGAAACCAAUCUGUCAUCGGGGAAAAGUUUCACUGCUACAUAGGAUUUUGUCAGAUUGAAGGUGUGAUGAGAUGGUGUUGUGCUAAUGUUAAAUGUCAGUCCACAGAGCUAAUAAUACCUCAGUAUAAUGUCAUGGGCAGUUUAAAUUCAUCACAUGAAAGGUAAUCUGCUGAAAGACUUGGUUGCCUGCUGCCUAACCAUGUACAGUGUUACCAGUAUCCCAUUAAUGGAUAAUUCUCACUAUGUUAAUGCCUAGGUGUUCCCAGUACUUUUUUUUCCCCCUCUUGUCACUACUGAAUUUUGACAGGAGGAAAGAAUGGAAUAGUAGCUUUUUUUUUUUUAAAGCUUUCAGUGAAACACUACAUACACGAAAAGAAGGAACAAGGUUAACUAUUUAAAAACUGUUUGCCUCUACAAAGUGCCAAUGGAUAGGGGAAGAACUUCACAAAUCUGUGGUACUCUUGGCCUUGUGUUUGUCUUCCCUGAAAAUGUCUCUGUGAAGCCAGCAUCUAGGAUCUGAAGGUGAAAGGAGAGCAGCAUGCAUUGUUUGUACAAACAUGCAGUGAAAUACCCCAAAGCUUUUCCUACUGUACAGAUCUCUCAAGUCGCUUUAAGUGAUUUAUUAUUUUCUUAUAUUUCUGUAUGUAUAGUGUAAUAGCCUUUUGUUAACUAAUUCUUUUUUCUUUUUAGCGAUUAAGCACGAUCAUGUCCCUUUUUAAGCCUUACCUGAAAGAAGCAAUGCCAUAAAAAUUUUAAAAAGCAUUAAUGAAAUGAAACUAUGCACAAAAUAACUUUCCUCUACGUAUUUUGUACUUUGCCCUCAUGGGUGCCAAUGUUCUGUGAAGAUAUACAAAUGCUGCACAAUGAAUUGCAGAAAAUAUUAUAAGAAUUAUGUGGGUAGAUCACACUAUAUACUGAUUUGAGCAGUGACUUGAGCAGUGGGUGGCACAACACAGUGUCUUGUCUUCCAUAAGGAAGCUUAAAAGAUAUUUUAACCCACUAACAGGGCUUGCUUCAUCUGCUUGGUGUCCCACAGAAUUUUCAUGAGAGAUUUAUUUUUGGGAAAGUACAGUUUCAAAACCAGCAACAUCAGCAGUACCACCAGCCCUUUUUUUUUUUUUUUUUUUUUGAAAUAAGUUUAAAUGCUUUACUGUUGGGACAAUCUGUUUCUAAACCUGACUUGGUGGCAGUAUCAUGUGUAUUUAUAAAACAAGGCUAGUCAUAUGUAGGACAACUGAAGAAAAGCUGGAAAAAAAAGAAAAACAAGCAAACUUGAACACUGAAGCAACCUCAAGCAUCUCUUUAUGUUGAUGAUAUAUUUUUAUAAGGAAAAUAAAUAUUCAGAUGAUCAGGAAUGUAUAUAAAUGAAAUCAAGAAAAAACAGUAUGCAUUUAAAAAGAAUUACAAAAUUAUAUAUCAGUGCUUAGAAUGGGGCUACGGGAAGUGCUGAAAUACAGCAAAAGGUAGGAAAUAAUGUAGACUGUCACCCACUGUAAAUGUUUGCAAGUGGCUGUGUUUUAAAUAAACAGGAUUAUUACAGGUGAUCUCUAUAAGUGUCAGAGCCUUGGCUUCCAGGCUUUGCAUUAUGUAUAUGAAAAGAAAUAAUGACAAUCCUAGAUAAUUAGACAUAAACCCAAGCCCUUACAUUUGAUACAUUUUGUUUUUAAAAUAGACCUUGUUUUUCAGCUUCAUCUGCAGUUCUAUGUGAAGAUUGACAAAUCAGUUUUUACUUGUUUUAUUAAUAAAACGUAAUUUGGAUAUCUGAGUUGAUGGUUUUGUGAUUUAGCUGGGUAAACUAUCUUUGUAACAGAUAAGUUAUUUAUAAAAAUUAAAAAACUUAUAUUCUAAUGUGGAUUUUGUGGCUUGUUUUUAAAAUUUGUAGGGCAGGAAAUAAUUUGUAUCCCAGCAAAACAUUUAAUUGUUAAUUGAUAUCAGGAAAAGAAAUCAUUCUCUAGAAUCUUUUCAUGACAUCAUGGCAUAUUGGACUAUUUUUAUCAGUUUCUCCAGAUUUCAUUUUAACUGAUGAAAAGUAACCAGAUUUCAGCUAAACCAGAAAAGUGAAUAUUGUUUUUAUUUCAUUGUGUGCUAUAACUUUCCUUCCAUUUCUUUUUAAAUUCUAAAAAAAUUUGCCCCAUUAUGGAAAACAAACGUGAUUUCUUGGGCUAUUUAGCGUAGGUAGUCAUUUAGCUAUUAUUCACACCCCAUGUUGUGUAGGUGCUGAGGAUGGUGGUGCUUCUUUUGAAGAGGACUUUCGUAUUCACAGUUUUCAGAAAAUUAUGGCUCAGCAUUUUUCUGAGCUUGAAAAGAAUAAAAUAGCAUUUGCUGAUCUCUGUGAUUUAGCUGUAGAAAGGCCUGCUUUUAGUUGUCUUUUAAACCUACUAGUAAAGGAUAUUUGCCACGGAAUAUGAGGUGUGCAUGGACAUGGUGGUCAGGAGACUACCUUUGGGAAUUACUGUAAUAAAACAAUGACACGUCUGAGAACAUCAUGGCAACAUGAACUUCUAAGUGUUUCUUGUCAUUCAUUAUUCUCAGUGCUAACAUUCUCUGUUCAGAGGAGUAGGGGAAUUGUUUGUUCAUAUAAACUGGAUUUUGCAAGAAAACUCACAUUAGAAUAUCAGCUAGUAAUUCCUAUCAUUACUAAUAUACAGAGAUGCUGUUAUAUUCCAAGUUUUUUAUGAACAAAAUACAAAAGUUUAUUUUUCUUUUAAAGACUCCAUUUACUUUUCUAAGUGACCAACCAGAAUCAGUCUAUAGGCUGAAAUUUAUAUCGGGGAAUUGAAAUCAGGCUGAAAAGUCAACAGUCCCAAAACUACAAUAGCAUCAAUGCACUUAUAAAUAGCAAAAUUAACUGAUAUUUCAUCAGUUUCCUCUAUUCCAAUUUAAUGUCAAUGGCAAAUUCUAGGAGCAGUGAUAGGUUUAAGAGAUGAGCAGUGUAAGAUGCAGUAUACAGGCCACGAAUGAUUGAAGUUGACUGUAUUAGUCUAGAAAAUAAUAUUAAAUGUAUUGGCACCAAAGGCUAUUCCAGAUUUAACAUCUGUAUGCUGGGUAUUAACAUAGUUUCCCGUUGAAUAUUACAAAAUACUAUAUGACAAGUGAACAUGCAGUACCUUUGAACCCAGUUUUUUCAAGGUAUGAUUUUCUGUCCAUUUUACUUGAAGUGACUUCACUGUAUUUUAAUUUUUAUUGCUUCCAUCUGAAAAUACAGUUAGGCACUGGAAAGAAAGUCUCUUCUCUAAAGAAAACAUUUUUUCCAGCUUGGUAUUUGUUAAAUUAGGUCUUUUUCCCCUAGGGUGUACAGUAGACUGGUUUGGGAGGUUAAACGCACCUCACAGAAGUGUUGUAAAGAUUAGAGUGAAAUGCUGAGCCAACCCCUUCUCUCUCUGUAUUAACCUGAAACACUGCAUCAUGGUUUUGUAUGAACAGGUUUUGAGGCAUUUUUCUCCAGCAGUGUUAAUUAACAGGUAAGUUUGCUAUUUAUUUUUCUGAAUUGUUUUAGGGACAUCUCAGUGGAAUAGAAUUUGGUAUUUCAAUCACUUAAUAGCUGAGUUUCCCCCCUUGUUAAUGUCCAAGGUGGGUUGCUUUGCAAAGAUUAUAAAAAUGUCAAAGGCUAACCCAAAGAUCAGUAUGUUUACAUUUCUGUUGCUUGUCCAGCUAUCUAAAGAAUGUACAUUUUAUGAUGGAGUACAACAAAUUAUUUCUCCAGGAAAAUAAAUGCUUUAUUGGAAGGACCUAAA